AUGGAAAAACUGAAAAAGGCACCCAAAAAAAAAAAAAUAAGUGCUAAAAAGAAAGAAGAAAGAAUUACAUAUAUGAGGGAGCUAAAAAAAAUAAACCAAGACAUAAAUUCUGAACAAAAAAUAGUAGAUGAAAUAAAUUCAAAAAUUAAUAAUAUAGACGCUAAUAUAUUUUUAGGAUAUCAUGAUAUAAAGAUAUUAAAACUGGAAUUAAAAAAUAAAGAAAUUGAAUUUGAAGAAAAUAAAUCACGGCAACUUUUGUCAUCCAGAAAAAUUGAAAAUACUAUAAAUAAAUAUGUACUAAAAUGUUAUGAAUUUUUUUUGAAAACCUUAGAAGAAAAUGAAAUACAACUUCAUGAUAAAUUUAAAGCAUUUCAAGUUGAAGAAAAAAGGCACUUAUCAAACAAAGAAUACAAUAAGCUAAUAACAGACUCAAAUAUAAAUCAUAUAAACAAAAUGAGCUCUAUAACUUUAUCCCAAAAUGAAAUUAUAAACGAAAUUAAUAAGCGAUUUAUAAAAAAUCUUAAAAUAAUUCGAGAAAAUUAUUCCAAAAAAAUCGAUAUGGAAAGAGAAGAAAAUGAUAAAAAAAGACAGAAAAUUAUUUUCAAUUUACAAAAGGAAAAAAACGAAAAUAUCAAAAAAAUUUUAACAGAAUAUAAUGAAAAGAUUAUAAGUAUUCAGAAUUAUUUUAAACUAAUUUUGGAUGAUCAAUUAGAAAUGAUCUAUCAGCUCGAGGAUGAAAAACUUUCAAAAAGGAAAAAUUACCUUUCUAAAAAAAAAAAUUUAGAGGACUUAAAAAGGAAUAUUUGCUCUAAUAAAAAAAUAUUAUAUCAAUUGGAAAAAGAUAUAUCGUCUUUACAAGCCAAUGCAGUAGAUUAUGAACAAUUAAAAAUUAACUUGAAACGAAUAAAAGAAAAAAGAAAUAGACAACAAAAAGUUUUAACUGAUUUAAAAUUAGAAACUAAUGUAAAGAAGUUACUUUUUGAAAAAAUAUCCAAACAAUACGAAGAGCUUUAUAAUCAGAAUCGAUCCAAGUUAUAUGAUCAACUUCAAAAAUUUUUACUAGAAAACUACUUUUUGGAAACAAAGAUUAAAUUACAAAAUGAAACCCUCGAAAUAAAUACCAUAGAGCUGAAAAAAUGGAGAGAGUGUAUAGAUCCUGAACAAAAUGAAGUAAUUAACAAUGCUUUGACCAGUAUGUUUCAAAAGUUUGAAAUCUUGAAAAAGGAAGUUGAAGAUUUAGUGGAUAAAAAUGAGGAGAAUAAAGAAAAUUAUGAAGCAAUGAUGCACCUUAAUUAUUUUUCCAAUGAUGAUUUGGAUAUUUUAAAAAGAUAA